AUGCUUUUAGGGCUUAGUUCUUUGUUUUUAAUUAUCAUUCAUUCACACGCGUUAGAGGUAUUACGUGGUGUUUCACCAGAAAGCAUCAUAAGAUAUCAACCUGAUGAAAAUGGGAAUUGGCACUGUUUAAAUGAUCCAAGUAUAGUUAUAUCAUUUGACAGAGUUAAUGAUAACUAUUGUGACUGUCCAGAUGGUUCCGAUGAGCCGGGCACUUCUGCCUGCAGCAACGGUCUGUUUUUCUGUGAAAACGUCGGAUUCGAAUCACAUUUCAUACCAUCCUUCAAAGUAGACGAUGGUGUAUGUGACUACGAGGUUUGCUGUGAUGGUUCAGAUGAAGCUCCGGGGAUUUGUGAAAACAGAUGUAUUUCGAUGAAAGCAACGCAUGAAAAAGUAGUUAAUGAGCACAAUAAAAAAAUAACUCAAGGUUUUGCAAUUAAGCAAAAAAUGGCUGAAAAAUCUAAGAAUAUGAGGUCCGAUAUAGAGCAAGCAAUCUCAAAGUAUAAUCACUACAUUGCCAGCAUCGAAGAGAAUAUUGCAGAGCUAGAGCUAGUAAGGGGAAAGACGGAUGAAAAUGAAGAAAAGAUAAACGGCAACUUUAAAAUAAUUGAAACGGAUCUUGCAUCUUUGACUAGUAGUUUACUCGACUCCUUAAAUCAAUUGGGUGGUUAUAUCUCUAAACUUGAAUCGCUUAAAAGUGUACUCAAAAUGAUGACUGAAGAAUAUAAUCACAAUUUCAACGAUCCUGCGGUUAAGCAGGCUGCUCAGGAGUAUUUAAAUUUUGCCGCAUCAUUUGAUGAAGCUAGUGACGAUUCUAGUGAUGAUAGCGGCACAAUUCAAAGAAUAACAGUAGAAAAAGUGAUAGUUGCCUUUCAAGAGUCGUUAAAGGGUAUCAAUGAAGAUAUUGCUAAGGUGAGAAGCGACAUUGUGGCUUUAAAAAUAGAGCAAAACGAGAAAGAACACAGCAACAUCGUUGACUCUUCCUCCACUUCAAUUUUCACCGAAACGUGGGAAAUUGUUGCUGUAGGACUUAAAAGGCUUGUGGAUUCAUUUUUGGGAGUUGAAUCGAGAAUAGUGAGUUAUGAAGAGUCUAUUGAACCACACAAAGAUACUCUCAAAUCAGACAUAUCUAACAAAGACGCAGCAAAUCAAAUUGCUUCAUUAAGUACAAGUUUGGAAGGGUUAAAAUCCGAAGUUGGUAAAUCAGAAUCAGAACUCAGGAAGAACUAUGGACCUGAUGAUAUUCUUCGGUCUAUGUCAGAGUGCAUAACUUCCAAGAUCGGAAGCUAUAAAUACAGACUUUGUCCGACUUCAGUGUUGGAGCAAAUAAACAGUGACGGGCGUGGAACCAAAAUUGGUGUUUUUGAAGAUCUCAUCUUUUCUGAAGAGACUAAUAAUUAUCAAUUUAUAUUCAAAAGAGGGGAGAGAUGCUGGAAUGGACCAGUAAGAGAAGCUGUUGUCGACGUUUUAUGCGGAACAAAACAAGAAAUUUUGGUAGUUACAGAACCUGAAAAGUGUAUUUACCAUUUAAAGAUGGUAUCACCUUUAGGGUGUUUCGAGUCUGAUUUGCUUUAA